CAUCAUCAUAUCAUAGUGUAUACCUGCGAUCAUGGACACUGGACAAGAUGCUUCAGGUUCGCAAGGUAGCCACUAUCCCAUCUAUGUUGGAAUAUGGACCAAUUGGUCUCGAGGUCAAGUUAUGGGGUCGACUCUAACUAUAAGUCGUCGAGAUGCUAAUUUACUUAUUGCAUUCACGGCAUUCUUUGUUGCUUUUGUUACAACCCGCGUCUGGAGGAUUAUCUGUUUUAUGUUCCACCGAUUCCACUCGACAGCCGAUCCACAGGACGCAGUUCAUCACCAACAUCAGACAAUCUUGCGAAAUUCUUCAUCGCCUGAGAGCGGAAUUCAGAUGCUGCUCUGCCUAUUAUGGGCAAAUCGUAGCUCUGAACGAUGGCUCCGCCCGCUCCCACCAACCAUCGUAGCAAUCGUCUGUCUCAGUAUGUUUACCAUUGCAGGUGGAUUUUCUUCUCAAAUAUCGACAGCGGUUGGCAAUGAAGUAUUAAUCAAAAGCUCUAACUGCGGGUUUACAUCUGUACCCGUGUCAGGCGAUGACGUCUCGUAUGUACCUGAAGAAUCCAACAUAGCUACUGCCAUUGAUAAUGCAGCCAACUAUGCGCAACAAUGUUAUUCGAACGAAAAUACCGGGUUGCUUGAUUGUAAUAGGUUCCCUACACAGGAAGUGCCAAAAGUUAUAGAUACACAAGCCAGUUGCCCCUUUAAACCCCAUCUAUGCCGAACUGACUCCACGAACUUACGCCUCGAUUCUGGGUACCUGGACAGUCAUAAAAUCUUUGGCUUGAAUGCUCCACCUCAUAACAGAAUCUCGUUCAGAAAUGUACUCCACUGCGCACCGUUAACGACGACUGGAUUUGGGGAUGCGAGGAAUUCAUCGAUUGGACCGUACACCUUCUACCGAUACGGAACGAAUGCUAAUUCCGACUUCGACUACGUGCACGCAGCUCCAUCCCUUGAAUCACAAUACGCGAGAGUGGCGUCCAAAGAUAUAAUACUUGGAUACACCAACCAGGCCCUAAGUGUAUAUUCCUCAAUCGUCAAAAAUGAAACAACUUAUGCGGCUGCUUCAGAUUUUCGGCCGAUAGAUGACAUAUUUAGGAAGGAUGGGGACAUAUACCUUGCUUUUUUAUCUGGAAACGGUGUCAUAUUUACGGAACCGUCGGAUGACCUAUGGUAUCAUCUAACCAUUGCCCCUGAUUCUAUCAACAUAGACGAUGUGAACUCAGGCACUUCUCUAUUCUAUAUCCCGGGAGAGCCCGCGUCACCCCUUGGCUGUACUGAUCAAUAUCAGUUUUGUAGUAAUGCAUUUGAAGGCACAAGUGGAUGUGGUCCAUUAGCAAGCUUACGAGAUGCGAUUCAAGGAGCUGCUCCUUUUUUUAAUAUGACUUAUGUCGAUUUUGCGACUAACUCUUUUAAGAAUGAAAUGGGGGCUCGUUUUCUAUAUUUCAUGAAUUCUUUUUUUGCAAGUUCUACUGCAAACAUAUACUACGUUCUACAACAGCUUGGGGCAGCAGGCCUAACCUCUCAGAAAACUUUACUUGCGGGGUUUCAAGGGCCAAUAGCACCUAACCAGUGGCAGCGUGAUGUUACUCAUUGGUGGGACAUAUCGAUGGCUACUAUGCAGUCCGAAUUUUUCGAAAUGGCCUAUCUCCCCGAUGAUUCGGACUUACACGAAGCGCGUUUUAACUACACGGCUUCUGCUUUCCAAAAGUCAUGUACCAAUCAGAAGAUACGGACAUCAGCAUAUGCCUCGUUCAGCUUAUUCGGCCUCUUUUUUACACUAACUGUUGGGCUACUCCUAGCCUUAGUGUCUUACCUCUUGGAGCCCAUAUCUGGAUGGCUUCGCAGAAGAAAUGGCUACAAUCAAUACCCUCAUCUAGAGUGGACAACAACCUCUACACUACAGCUGCAGCGUCUAUUACACGAGGAGGUAGGAUUUGGCACCUGGUCUGCAGGAACUGAGACCAUUCCGGUUACUAAACCAGGUGAGGUGCUUGGUUCUUUAGAUAUCACAAAUCCGAAGCAUCCGGUCCUACGUCGGCCCACGGAUACCGCUGGCGCACCAUCUUCCACUCGGGAAUCUGCAGAGACCGAACACAGCAUAACCAGCAACGAAUCAGAGCAUACAUAUGUCUCUCUAACACUAUCUAAUUAUCAUAUCGAUGCUCAAGAAAUAGUUAAUGCGAAUUCCCAGAAUGAGUCAGGACGCGAUGAAACGCAAGCCCAAGAGCAAGAACCGAACACGAAUCCAAGCACAGCACCGCCAGGCGACAGCACGCCAUUGGAACAAAUUGUUCAGUCAGUAGAUUCUAGAAAUACGACAAUCCCCUAGAAUACCACAGGGGGCUCAAUUGCUGUGUCUGUGAGCGUCCCAAGGCAGACUUAGGUACACUCAUAUGCAGCAGAAGUACAUGUUAUGAUGAUCCUAGGCUUGAAGUUCACAUUGGUUGAAAAGGGGGAGAGGACGCAGUACAUGUUCUGCAGGAUCUUUUUUCUUCCCUUUGCUUUGUCCUCGCCUCAUGCUUUGGUAAAUAAAUAUGUAUUCAUAGUUAUAUCAUCCUCUCUUCCAAUAUCAUAGCCAGCCGUAUUGCAUCGAGUGUAAAAGAUUGAGCACAGGCAUCUGGAACCUAAAUUGACU